AUGGCUGAUUCCGGCGCUGGACCAAGCGGCGAUGAUAUCAUCAACUCCUACCACCUGCCGCGGCCGCUUCCGCUGUGGCUCAACUCCAACUGCGCAAAGCACAUUGUCAAGGGAAACUUCAUGACGCUCAGUGCUCGGCCAAAGACGGUUGAGCAGGGAGAGUGGAUUGCUCAUCAAGUUGUCGAGCAUUAUCGCAACCUCUGGAACUUUGUCCAGGUUGUCCACGCAAAGGAGGAGACUGGCAACACCAUAUGCAAUCCCACAACUUGCCCUCGAAUGUCCGCAGGAGCCAACCACUCCUUUACAUGGCUUAACAGCCGUCGUGAGCCAGUUGAGCUGCCGGCUCACGAGUACAUGACGCUCAUGCAGCGAUGGAUCACCGGCAAAAUCGACGACACCGCCAUCUUCCCAACAGACCCCGCCGGCGUCUCCUACUCCCACAAUCCCGCCAUCUCGUCGACGCCCCUCUCCCAGCUCACCAACCCGGGCGAGCCCGACUGGGUCGGCAAGCGGUCGGGCUUCCCCGAAAAGUUCAUCGACAUCUGCCAGAUGAUCUUCCGUCAGAUGUUCCGCGUCUACGCCCACCUCUACUGGGCGCACUUUGUCGAGCCCUACUACCACCUCAACCUGGAGAAGCAGCUCAACAGCUGCUUCUCCCACUUUUUGCUCACGGCCACGGCGCUCGACAUGCUGGGCAAGCAGGAGCUGGAGCCCAUGCAGCCGCUGAUUGAUCUCUGGGCGGCCAACGGGACGUUCCCGCCCGAGUCCAAGGUCUACGAGUAUGCCAGCAUUCGAGCUGGUGAGCGGUUGAUUCAGCUUGCAGGCGUUACUCAGUAG